AUGCCGCUCCGGCCGUCCGACCUUGCCGGCGGCGAUGGCGCCUCCUACUGCCUCGCCCACGUCCAACGCGUCCAUAGGGACGGCAGCUUUGUGGUCAGAGCAUCCCAGAGAGUAGACGAUUACAUCGAAGGCUACGCGUUUGUUGUUAGCUUGCUCAGUUGCAUACCCUACCAACGCAUCUGGUGGUGCCUCCGCUACCGAGCCAACUCUUCCGUCAAGAGAGACGACUCCGUUCUCAAGGCUGUCGCGGGGGAAACGGAAGACUCCUCCAUGCAGCUGAGCACUUCCCUGACCGGCGGCACCGAUGUCGACAUGCCGCUAUCCGUAUCAGGCAGGCUGUCUCUGUUCGGGCUCAACAAGUCCCAGACUGGCGCCAUACUGAGCUGCGUCUCUGCGGUGCAGUGUGCCGGUGCUGGUGGAGGCGGCGGCACGAGCAGCAAGGUUAGCCUCAUCUGGGGGCCUCCUGGCACGGGCAAAACCAGGACAAUCAGCGUGCUCAUGCUUUCUGCCGUGAAGCUGAAAUGGCGGGUCCUGGCGUGCGCGCCGACCAACACCGCCGUCUGCCAGGUGGCGUCCAGCCUCCUGGCGCUGAGGAGGCAGCACCCCGAUCCCGAUGCCUGCGCUGGCCACGCUGAUCUGCUGCUGUUCGGCAACAGGCAACGCAUGCCCAUCGACGGCGAUCUCGACAACAUCUUCCAGGACACUCGUCUAAAGCUGCUAACGGAGUGCUUCUCGCCAGAGACGGGUUGGAGGCGGUGCCUUCUUUCACUGGAAUCGUUUCUGCGCGACGAAAUAGCCAUGAUCAAGCAGGAGGAUGGCACAAAACCAGUAGUGCUCAAGUACUACUCCUUCCCGACGUCAGAGUUCCACCGGAUCUUCGAGAAGCUUAGCAAGUGUUUGAAGACAAUCAUGUCUCAUGGCUCAGUACAUCGUACCCUGGAGACGAACUACAACAACAUUGCUUUGCUCAGCAAGAUGCUCGACGACUUCAGCAAGCUGCUGGGCGUUCAGAAACAAGUCUCCAAGUCAUCGAGACAGCUGAGACGGCAACGCGAUGGUUUAACAAUGGGUUACCACUCGGAACAAACAGUUGGCACCAUGAGGGAGAAAAUGCCUGUAAUUUUAGACGUCACGAGGACGCUGUUGCGAGACCUGCAACUUCCUCUGACCGAAGAGUUUUCCGAGAUCAAGGAGUUUUGCAUCAAAAGUGCGUCCCUCAUUUUCUGCACCGUGUCUGGCUCGGCUAAGCUGGAGGGGGAGAAGAUGGAUCUGCUUCUGAUCGACGAGGCUGCACAGCUCAAGGAAUGUGAAUCCCUCGUCCCAUUGCAAGUCUCCGGACUGAAACAUGUGGUUCUUAUCGGUGACGAGCGCCAACUGCCAGCUAUGGUCCAAAGCAAGGUUUCAGAUAAGGCGUUGCUGGGUAGGAGUCUGUUUGAGAGAAUGGGUUUACUUGGACACAAGAAGCACCUCCUCAACAUGCAGUACAGGAUGCACCCUUCCAUAAGCAUCUUUCCCAACUUGAGUUUCUACGACAAGCAAAUCUUGAAUGGCCCCAAUGUGACGCAGACCAAGCAUGAACGUAGUUACCUUUCAGGUGCAAUGUUCGGGCCAUACUCGUUCAUCAACAUCGACGGUGUGGAAGACCGCGGCCGCAGCAAGACGAACAUGCCCGAGGUGGCCGCCAUCCUGCAAAUACUGCACAGUCUCAAGAAAUUUUGUAUCAGCGCCGGGCAGGUGGUUAGCGUGGGUGUCAUAUCCCCGUACACCGCUCAGGUGGUCGCAAUUCAGGGAAAGAUAGGGGACGUGAAGGCGAUGCGCCCCCUGGUUCUUCGCGUCAACUCCGUGGAUGGGUUCCAGGGCAGUGAAGAAGACGUGAUCAUCCUAUCCACCGUCAGGUCCAACGGCACAUGCUCCGUUGGCUUCCUGUCGAACCGGCGACGCGCCAAUGUUGCCUUGACGAGGCGAGGUAUGCACGCACGGCACUGCCUCUGGAUCGUGGGCAACGCGGCAACGCUAAGCGGCAGCGGCUCCAUCUGGGGGGAGCUGAUCCGGGAUGCCGCGGAACGUUGGUGCUUCUUCGACUGGGACGAAGGCGAGGGCGUGUCUCCGGCAGUUUUUUCUCGCCACGCUUGCGUAAUCGGGCCAGGACAUGGUGAAGCCGCUUCAGAUUUAGGCAUGCACCUGGCCGGGGAUAUUUGUGACACGCUCGGUUCUCUGCGGCUCGCUUAA